CCGUUGUAGGCGGGGUUUAGGCACGUUUUCCCAUGUAUCAUCAUCAUCAUCAUCAUCAUCAUCCUAUGGACUGACUUGUUUGUUGUUGAUGAAGAUGGAGUUCCUUUUGGGGAAUCCUUUCACUACCCCCGUUGGCCAUUGUAUCGAAAGAGCUACCGACGGCUCCCUGCAAGGUGAAGACUGGACUCUUAAUAUGGAAAUCUGUGAUAUCAUCAAUGAAACAGAAGACGGACCAAAGGAUGCCAUUAGAGCAGUCAAGAAGAGACUCAAUGGCAACAAGAACUAUAGGGAAGUGAUGCUGACUUUAACGGUUCUUGAAACGUGUGUGAAGAACUGCGGCCAUCGUUUUCAUGCUUUAGUGACAAGCAGGGACUUUGUUGAUGGCAUACUCGUUAAAAUCAUCUCUCCUAAAAAUAACCCACCUACAAUCGUCCAAGAUAAAGUUCUUGCCCUGGUUCAGGCGUGGGCUGAUGCAUUCAGGAGCAGUCCAGACCUCACGGGCGUGGUUCAGGUUUACGAGGAGCUAAAGAGGAAAGGCAUUGAGUUCCCCUCGUCUGACCUGGAGACCCUAUCGCCUAUACACACACCUCAGCGGGCAGCUUCUGCUCCAGUGGGCGACUCAGCUCUCCACAAGCACAGCAGCAUGACUAAACCUACAGCGCACACUGUCCCACCAGCCUACACCACCUCUCAGGUUCCCAACAUUCAUGCAUCAGGAUCCAUCAAUCCUACCCCCGAACAGAUUUGUCGACUACGCAGCGAGCUGGACGUUGUUCGUGGAAACACUAAGGUGAUGUCAGAGAUGCUGACUGAGAUGAUGCCGGGUCAGGAGGAUUCUUCAGACUAUGAGUUAUUACAGGAGCUGAACAGGACCUGCCGAGCCAUGCAGCAGCGGAUAGUGGAGCUCAUCUCCUGUGUUUCUAACGAGACGGUUACUGAAGAGCUGCUGCACGUAAACGACGACCUCAACAACAUCUUCCUUCGUUAUGAAAGGUAUGAGAGGUUCAGAUCUGGGAGGUCCUCGGCUCAGAAUGUCAAUAACGGAGUCCUCAGUGAAGCUACAGAGGACAACCUCAUCGACCUUGGUCCGGGCUCCCCGGCGGUGGUUAGUAACAUGCCGAACGCUGCACCAACCAGCUUACCCCCAAACUUAACAACCCCUGCAGGGAGACCCUCCUCCCCCGCCACCCUGGCCUCCCGUCUGGCUGGUCUAGACAUGGGCGCAGACAGUGUGAGCAGCACCCUGAGCUCCCUGGGCAGCUGUAAACCUCCACCUGCACAAGACGACUUUGAUGUUUUCGCUCAGACCAGGACUGGAGCCAUCUCUGAGACACACAAGACUAAUACAGCAGAGAACAGAAACGCUGCUAGUGCUGGUCCUCCUCCCACUCUGGAUGUGCUACAACAAGCUGCAGGAGGGGGUGCUGGACGCCAGUCCUCUGUCAUGGAUGACAUAGAGGAGUGGCUGUGUACCGAUGUGAAAGGAGAUGAAGGUGAAGAAGGAGUCACCAGCGAAGAGUUUGAUAAGUUCCUGGAGGAGCGAGCCAAAGCUGCUGAGGUGACCCCUGGUCUACCGUCACCCCCAAGUGGCAACCCGGGCACAGCGCAGGGAACCCCCAGCCGGAAGAAACCAGAUAGACCUGAGGACACGCUGUUUGCCAUGUAGACCUCACCGUUGUCCUCUCAUCUGCCCCCCCGCCUUAGACCUGACCAGCUGAGCAGCACCCGAGGCCAGACUCGCCUGCGUUCCAACCUAUCCCAACACUAGAUCUGAUUUUUGUACUUUAUAAAAAGAGAAUAAGCUCUCACUAGGAAGAGAAAACCAAUGCUCUGCUGCCCAACUGGUGUCAGACAGCAUCUUCAUGGGAAAAGAUUUCCCCUCAGGCUGUUGUGGACUGCAGAGCUUCAUGUUGCAGCUAAAAUAUUUAGUUUUAUUAACAGGAAAAGAGGACUCUUGACAUAAAUCCUCAAACCAACAGCAGGCUUAAGAAUACUUUAGUUCCACCUUUAAAAAACAAUGGAGAACAAAGUGCUCGUACCUACAGGGGUCAUGUUUGGUGUUUGUCUGCUUCUCUUUGCUUACUAGUCCACGCUGAUUUGUAAAUCUGUAAAUGACAAAUGUCGAGUUUAUCAGUUUGGUGUAUAUUUAAACUACAUAUAUGAGAAAAAGGUAAUUUAAUGUACUUUUUGGAGAGUUUAUGUCCUGUUUCCUUUCGCUGUGGAGACGUUACCUCAUCGGGGUGUGUGUGUGGGGGUGGGUGGGGGGUCAGGAAAAGGGAAAUGUAUUUGCAGACACUACGGUUAAGAUGAAGAAGGGAUUUAUUUUGCCGACUGGGAGUUGAUCUCAACAGAUUUGUGGAGGUGAUUUAGCUGAGUUGCUCUGAAGCUGCUAUCUUUCGUUGUGAUGUCAUCUCCUGCGAUGCUGAGGAGGUUUGUGUGGUUGUGGAUUAAAAACAAAAGAGCUCACAGGGAUUUUCUUUUUUCAUGAGUAGCUUAAGACACAUGCUGUUAGUUGUCAGUGACUGUAUAUUUUAAUCUCUCUCUGUUGAUUCCACUGUACGUCUCUGUCCUAAAGUUGUGCUUAAAGGACCAAAUAUGUUUAUUCUGAAUGUGGAAAUACAUAAUCUGGCUUAUUUCAAACUAGCCCUUUUCCAGAGUUUUAAUGAGAAUUCAUUGUGAUGCGACAGAAUGUGUGUGAUUUUUUUUUCUUUCCCCCUGUCGUUUUCUUUUUACAACUGACAUCUUUAAAGGCCAGACCUUUCAAAAUGACAUUUGUUUGCAGAAAUGAGCUCGACGCCUCGCUACAAAUGAGACAUUUUAAUCUUGACAACAGUAAACGCGACACGUUACACAAGAACAACAACAAGCUCCAGACAUGCUUCACCUUGAUGGCUGCAUUACCUUCCAACACGUACUGUAUAUGGGCUAGGUGUAAUUAAUGAGAAGUGUUGGAGUUGAGGUGUAGAAAUAAUUGAUCCCGCACUGUUUUUGUUUCUGAUCAGUAUUUCUGAUUAACCUUAUUUUUGAACAAUGAGGACAGGGAUGGGACGUGAUGGUGCAUGUGGUUUAAUGUUAUUAGCUUUUGUUUAUGGUGUUGAGAGAUUUUUCUUUUUUAUACAUUUUUGUUGGUUAAUGCAUCUUGUUUAUGAUUUUGUUGGUGGAAACUAAAAUGAACAAACAAAGCAGGCAGUUCAUCACAUACUGAGUACCACAUUUUCACAUGAAGAAUAUAUAUUUGUAAUCAUUUUUAGUAUUUUGGGCGGUGUAUUUAGACCAGAGCAUUAACACAAUCGUGAGACACUCUUGGCAAAACAUCAACAUUGCACAUUUAGAAAAUUAUUUCCUUUCCCAGUUUUUUGUUUGUUUGUUUGUUUUUUGCUUGUGUAUGUGUGUGUGUGUGUGUGUGUUGCAGGAGAACCACUUUUGUGACAUUAAAAGAUGCUGGACAAAAAAUAAAAUGCAAGUCUGCAGUUAUGUGUAUUCAAACGUUCAUGAGUUGCCUCGUGUUUCAUUUCUCUUUGUGUUGUUUUGAUUUCUGCAUGAACUCGAAAUAAAGUUGAACAAUGUGUGCCCUGCA